AAUAUCCUUCUUUGCUAUGAAAUUCAACUCAAACAACAUUAGUUUUUCUUGUAAGUGAUCAGGUAAUGGCAUCCUCAAGUGUUGGGCAAGAGAAGUAUCGAUCCUUCUUGAGUGAAGAAGUGAAGAACACCAAAUGGAGGUUUGGGGUACCUAACUAUGAUGUUGUCAAUAAGCUCUUUGAAGAAGGCAGAACUAAGAUAUGGCUUCCUGGGUCACUUGAAGAAAAGGUGCAGAACUUUGUAAAGACAUGGGAAAUGGAAUUUUUCCAUAAGAUCGACCCAGAUGAGUUUAAAUCCAUUGAUCCCAAGAAAUUUACUUUCAGCGUAAAUGGAGGGAAGGCUUUAAAUUUGGAAGAAAUAGGCAAACUUGGGGGAGGCUAUAAUCCGCUGCUUCAGACCUCCCUGCCAGAAAAACUCAGGGUUUACAAUCCAGAUGAAGAAACAGCGGCUUCUUCUCAUAAAGUUUUCACUACAACAUUCCCACGUGGUUUUGCUUUGGAGAUUCUCCAAGUUUAUACUGGGCCACCUGUGAUGGUGUACAAAUUCAGGCAUUGGGGUUAUAUGGAGGGCCCUUUCAAAGGCCAUGCCCCAACUGGAGAUAUUAUUGAACUCUUUGGAAUUGCCAUUUUUGAGGUGGAUGAGCAGAUGAGAGCAGUGAAGGUGGAGUUCUUUUAUGACCCUGGGCAGUUACUCGGAGGUCUUCUGAAAGGCACUAGCUUGGAUGGUUCUUCUGCUGAAGAGCCAAGUUCAAGCUGCCCUGUGCUCAGGAGCACCGGGUAGCAUUAGAUAUUAAAAUGGAAGAUUAUGUAAUCACACUUGUCUUUUUUUAUCUUUUGAUUUUGUAUAAUAACCUUAAAGGUCGAGCU